AUGAUCCCAGCCAUCGCUGUCCUCAUUGAGGAUAACAAGAUUUUCGGAGGGUAUGAAUGCAGAAAGAACUCUGCAUCCUACCAGGCAUCACUGCAGUCUGGCUACCACUUCUAUGGUGGCUCCCUGAUCUCCAGCACAUGGGUGGUGUCUGCUGUACACUGCUACAAGUCAUAUGUGACUGAUGAAACAUUCUUCAAAAACAUUGACAAGGGCACUGAGCAGUUCGACUCAGGGAAGGUCAUCAUGCACCCCAGUUACAACAGCUGCAACCUGGACAACGACGUCAAGCUGAGCAAACCCACCUCCCUGAACAGCUACAUGUGCACUGUGGUCAUGCCCUGCAGCUGUGCCAGCUCUGGCACCUGCUGGCUGGGGAAACCUACCCAGCAGAGGCUGUGGGUAGCAUCAACAAUAUCCUUCUACCCCGACCAACUGUUCUGCCUGGAUCUCCCCAUCCUGAGCAGCGGCAACAGCACCUACCAUGGACAGAUCACCUACACAUGUUCUGUGCUGGCUUCGUGGAUGGAGGCAAGGACUCUUGCCAGGGAGACCGUGGUGGGCAAUGGGCAGCUGCAGGGUGCUGUGUCCUGGGGUUACAGUUGUGCCCAGACUAAGAUCUGCAACUCCUGGAUAAGCAGCACCAUGUCCUCCAACUAA